CUCUCUCUCUCUCUAGACCUACAAAAUCUUCAAAGGAACAUGUCUUCUUCCACCUAUUCCAACUCCCCCUGUGCAGCCUGCAAGUUCCUCCGCCGAAAAUGCCUACCGGAUUGCGUUUUCGCGCCCUAUUUCCCCCCGGAGGAGCCCCAAAAGUUCGCCAACGUUCACAAGAUCUUUGGUGCCAGCAAUGUCAGCAAACUGCUGAACGAAGUCCAGCCACACCAGCGGGACGACGCUGUGAACUCGCUCGCCUACGAGGCCGAGGCCAGGAUGAAAGACCCCGUCUAUGGCUGCGUUGGCGCCAUCUCCAUACUCCAAAGGCAAGUCAUCAAGCUCCAAAAAGAGCUCGACGCCACCAACGCCAAUCUCAUUCGCUACGCCUGCACCGAAAUCCCCGCCCCGUCUCAGUCCUCGUCCUCGCAAUACGCUCGAAGGUCGUCAUCGACCAGCCACGACGGAAGCUCAUCCACCUCUAGCUAUGGCCACUACUAUUCCAAUCCCUACUUUUCUCCAUGGAGUAACAGCCAUAAUGGCUCUUGUGGAGAUGGCCAUGACAAGGCAGAGUUCAAGUAAAUUUUUCAUUACGCAAUUUGAUUAAUAAAUAUAAAUUAUAAUUACAAAUCACACCUUUCAGUUCGUCUAAUUUGCAAAUUAUAUCUCUCUAUGUUUUGAAAAUGGUUUCAAACAUCCUUAUAAUUUGCA